AUGCCUUACAUUCCGCCUUCCAAGUCGGCUGCUUCUUCUCCCCCGCACGGGUCGCCCAAUGCUACCCGCAGACACUCCGAGCCCACGCUCGGCGCUGCGCUUCCGCGGUCCUCCUCGUAUCUAACAAAGCACCGAAGGACGCCAUCGGCUUUGGGACUAUCAGGACAAGCAAAUGGUGGUCCCAAUAACCCUACGCCUCCGGGGACCUCGGAGGAUUUGAAGUCCUUGGCGAGGGGGAUUGGGAGCAUUCGGCAAUCUCCCCCACCUGUGACUGGCCCACGGGGUAUGCCCUCAGGUGCCGUCAUCUCGCCUCCAGACUCUCUAUCCGGUAGCGACGAUGAGGGUCUCGAAAUGCGUGGGAGGAAGCUCACAAACCUCAAGGCUCUGAAGGAUGCCGUCAACAGUAUUCCGCUUCGAAGGGAGAGCUCGCCAGUCGAUGAACCGUCUCCGGUUACUCCAACAGUUACAGAGCUUCUCUCGCAGCCGGUCACAUUUGUUGAAGGUAUGCACCACAGCUAUAGUACUGGCGCUUUAGAUGCCCUAGGCUCGCGGAGAACUUCACGUGCGGUGCCGGGCAUGGAGUGCAGUGCCAUCCAUUCGAGUGGCUCAUUAACACCCUCUGAAGAGGAUUCAGAAGACGAGAAGCGGGCUAAGCCUCCUAUGGUGCGCAAAAAGUCUGGCGAGCUUGUUCGUCCGGCUCUGCGCCCGCCUUCGCGCCGCCGACCAUCCAGCAUGCCCGGCACCCCAACCUUCUCGAAAGCGGUUCACUUUGAUGCUCACCUUGAGCACGUUCGUCACUUCCUCCAAGUCGACAGACCUCUCGCUGUCAGUGCCGGGUCGAGCCCCAUCGACCACCUCGAUAGUGAUUCGGAGUAUCCUUUCCCCCCCUCCGAUGACGAACACCCGCGCCAGCCGCGAUCUCCGCCCUUUGAGUGGGAGAUUAUUACCUCGAACUUUCCCACUGAUGAUUUGGCCCGCAACGCGCUUCCAGCCCGCGUUGAGCGCCUGUGGCUGUCCAAGGACUGCCGUUCACUUCAUGGUUCCAUCUCCGUGGCCAACCUAGCCUUCCACAAGAAUGUGAUCUGCCGAUUUACCCUUGACUACUGGAAGACAACGUCGGAAGUGUCUGCCGAAUAUAGUGGCGCGAUCCAUUCCACUGGUCACGAUCGGUGGACCUUCAGUAUCCGCCUGGCGGAUAUGGCUAACCUCGAGACGAAGACUCUGUAUCUCUGCAUCCGUUACAACGUGAACGGCCAGGAGUACUGGGACAACAACAACGGUGCCAACUUCCAGGUCGACUUCCACAAGAAAUACUUGCCCCAGAACGGCAAGCGGGGAUUCUUAGGCGCCGGUACCAGACCCGCUGGCGAGUUGCCGCGCAGCAGCCGCCGACCUGACGCCAACAUCCAACAACCCCGCCCGAAGUCGAUGCCAGUCGGACUAUCUAGCCAUCUCAUCGACCAAGCCAGGCGCACACUUGAUAAGUCGAGGGACGAGUUUCUUGAUGACCACGGUCCGAUCCGGCUCAAGAAGUCGAGCUCUGAUUUCCAGGACAGCAGCUCAAGCUCUCGAAGCAGCAAUGCCUUUGGAAGACGCUAUGACUUCAACGCCUCUCUGAACGAAGCAAAGCAAUCCGCCAAGACCAAGGAUUCCAGGAAGCUAGUCAACCAGCCAGCUGUUCCCUCGACACUCUCGACCAAGCCUCCACCACUCCUUCAUUCUGAAAACCACGACUCGCCUAAAAAGAAAGAUUAUACCUAUGAUGAGAUCGUCAACAGGUUCUGCUUUUAUGGUUCGAAGCAAGCACAGACGGCUUCUCAGCCUAAAGCACCUAAGGCAUCCGCAGGAAGGUUGAGCGGCAGUGCCGAUGCCAGCGAGCACUACCAUCACGUCUCUGCGACCCCGGAGCGUCGUGCGGGGCCACGAGACGCCAACCACACCAACACCGCCGUUCUCGCCUUGUCGACGUCACCUCGAUCUGACUUUUCGCCAGGGGGUGACGGCUUCUUCAGCCCUUCCCUCCACGCUGGAUCUCCCAUUUCCAGCCUCUCACCCAGAGCCGACACACGCCGCCACGGCUAUCCAUGGCUAGGAUCAGAACAAAAGGCUGAUUUUCUCGAAGCACGGGUCGCGCUCUAA